AGUUGUAUGCCAAAUUUAUCUAGGUUAUGUUAUGUACUGUAAGCAAAAUCUGUUUAUAAGCAAAUUUAACUGAAUUUAAAGGAAAAUGAGCCGUCGCCGUGGUCAUGAAGAAGACGAUGGAUACGAUAGAGCAUAUCGUAAGAGAAGGAGGGUUUCCGAGAACCAGGAAAUCGAGGACCGCUUGGAAAGUCUCAUUUUACGGGUCGGCGAAAAGAGCACUUCCUCCCUCGAGUCCAAUCUCGAGGGGCUGGCUAGUGUUCUGGAAGCCGAUCUUUCAACUUUCAGAGUUAAGAUUUUGCGUAUUUUAACCGACUGCGCUAUUAAAAUGCCCGAGAAAUGCACGAUUUACACGACUUUGGUGGGGCUGUUGAAUGCUAAGAAUUACAAUUUUGGUGGGGAGUUUGUCGAAUAUAUGGUUAGAACUUUUAAGGAUUCUUUGAAGAGUUGCAAAUGGGAUGCGGCUAGAUAUGCUUUGAGGUUUUUGGCCGAUUUGGUUAAUUGUCAUGUUAUAUCUGCCACGUCUUUACUGCAGUUGCUUGAUAAUAUGAUUGAUGCUGCCAAUGAAGAUAAUGUUCCACAAGUAAGAAGGGAUUGGUACGUGUUUGCCAUCCUCAGCACGCUACCGUGGGUAGGUAGAGAGCUGUACGAAAAAAAAGAGCAAGCUCUCGAACACCUACUAGUUCAAAUCGAAGUGUUUUUAAACAAACGCUCUAAAAAACACCACAACGCCCUCAAAGUGUGGACAAACGACAACCCGCACCCGCAAGAGGAAUACCUGGACUGUCUUUGGGCGCAGAUAAGAAAACUGCGGCAAGACAACUGGGCCGAGAAGCACAUACCAAGACCGUACUUGGCAUUUGAUUCGACUUUAUGUGAGGCCUUGCAACAUAGUUUACCAUCGAUUUUACCCCCACCUCACCACGAAACGUACCAAUACCCGAUGCCGUGGGUGGUGUUCAGGUUGUUUGAUUAUACUGAUUGCCCUGAGGGUCCUAUACUGCCCGGAAGUCAUUCUAUAGAGAGGUUUUUGAUCGAGGAGCAUCUGCAUUCAAUCAUAGAAAUGUACCACCUAGAGAGAAAGGAUUGCGCUGCCCACUUGCUGAACUUCCCUUACAAGCUAAAAAUACCUUUGGAGUACUGCAUUGUAGAGGUGGUCUUCGCCGAGUUGUUCCACAUGCCGACGCCUCGGUACUUAGAGAUCGCCUACGGCACUAUUCUGAUAGAGCUGUGCAAACUGCAGCCCUCGACUAUGCCGCAGGUUUUGGCUCAAGCCACCGAGAUGCUCUUCACGCGCAUAGAUUCGAUGAACGUCUCGUGCUUCGACAGGUUCGUCAACUGGUUCUCCUACCAUCUCAGCAACUUCCAGUUCAGGUGGUCCUGGGACGACUGGGAGACUUGUUUGACCGCCGAGGCCGAGCAUCCCAGGCCCAAGUUCAUCAGAGAGGUUAUGUUGAAGUGUUUGAGAUUGUCUUAUCACCAAAGAAUAAGAGAGAUCCUUCCAGAAAGUUUUUCUUGUUUUAUUCCUGCAAAGCCUGAGCCAGAGUAUAAGUACGCACAGGAAGGAGCUGUAAAUCUGCCUGGCACCCUCACUGCUCACCAGUUGGUCGUUUCCAUCAGGCAAAAAUGCACCCCGGAGGAGGUUUUGGGAGUCUUGAAGGACCUCCCCAAUUCCAGGAUGGAGGAGGGAGACGGAGACGGGAGGUUUAAUCCCUUGAAAAUUGACGUUUUCGUACAGACUUUGCUUAAUUUGGGGUCCAAGAGUUUCUCUCACAGCUGGGCUGCUAUCUCGAAGUUCCACUUCGUGUUUAAGAUUCUAGCGGAGUCGGAGGAGGCUCAGAUCUGCGUGCUGCGCAACAUGUUCGAGCUGUGGAAGAACCACCAGCAGAUGCUGAUAGUGCUGGUGGACAAGAUGCUCAAAACUCAGAUCGUCGAGUGUUCGGCGGUGGCCAACUGGAUCUUCGCCAAGGACAUGACCGCGGAGUUCACGAAGACCUACCUGUGGGAGAUCCUGCACCUGACCAUAAAAAAAAUGAACAAGCACGUCAUAAAACUGGGAGGGGAGUUGGGGGAGGCGAGGGAGAAACUGGCGCGCGCCGAGUCCAGCGAGUCCGAGUCCGAGGAGGAAGAGGAGGAGGCGAAGAAGAAGAACGACGCGGACAAGCCCAACGAGGAGAUGGUGGAGAAGAUGGAGGAGAAGCUGGAGGCCGCGCAGGCGGAUCAGAAGAACUUGUUCCUGAUCAUUUUUCAGCGGUUCAUCAUGAUUUUGUCGGAGCACUUGGUCAGAUCCGACACGGACGGUAAGGAUUACAACACCUACUGGUACAGAUGGACCAUCGGCAGGCUCCAACAAGUGUUUUUGGCUCAUCAUGAGCAAGUUCAGAAAUACAGUUCAACAUUAGAAACUCUACUUUUCACUCAAGACUUGGAUCCACACAUCCUGGAAGUUUUCCAACAAUUUAUUUCAUUGAGAUCAUAAUUUUAUAUUUUUAGGGUUUUUGUGAAUAUUUUAUUCGAUUUAUUUAAAAUAUUUUAGAUUUAGAUUUAACUGCUUGAACAUUGAUAGUAUUAUAAAUUAUAUUAGGUGUGUUCAACAGUAAAUAAAUUUAUACAAAAACAA